AUGAGAUCAACUCAAAGGAGUGAAAGCAUCAACUCAUUCUUUGAUGGAUAUGUGAAUUCACAAACACAGUUAAAAGAAUUUGUAACUCAAUAUGAAAAGGCCGUGACACACCGACGAUUGAGUGAAGCACAUGAAGAUUUUAGAACUCUUAAUACAAAACCGCAGUUUCACCUUGGGCAUCCAAUCGAAAGACAAGCCAGAAGUAGUUAUACCCGCACUAUGUUUCAUGUAUUUCAGAAUGAGAUCAAAGGGUGUGGUGUUCUUGGCCUUCAAGAGGUGACCAAAGAAGAAAAGUCUGCUUUAUGGCGAGUUGGUAACUUAGAUGAAAGCAAUGAAAAGUGGAGGUUUGUUACUUAUGAUGAAUGUAGAGAAUUACAGUAUAGUUGCAGCUGUGAUGCUCGACAUCGUAACAUUGGAGUUACUAAUGUUGUGUUUGGCAAAAACAUUACAGGCGGUGUAGAAAAAAUAAAUCUGUUGAAAACUUGGGCUUUGAAAGCAAAAACCAACAAUGCACUGGAGCUUGCCUUUGAGUCAGAUAAGAGAAUGCAUGAGCUUGAUUCUUUGUUAACAACUUUCAUAGAGAGGGUUGAAGAAGAAGUCAGAGGGUGUCAAGCAAUAGAUGCUGGUAGCAGCCACAUUCUGGACUCGGAUAUUCCACAGAUACCUACUUCAGAUACAAUCCAACAUAUUCCACAAAUUACAGUUCGUGACCCAGAAAAGCAAGCAAGAACCAAAGAUGAGAAAGGAGACUUGUAA